GCGCUCGUCUGCCCGCCUGCCUGCCUGCCUGUCACGACGUCGGACCAGCCUGACAGAGUCUUCCCGCUCCUAUCUGCGGGCCCUCUGGGGCUCAGAAUUUUGGUGUGAAUCACUCGUGUCGUGACUGUGUAGCGUCUGCUUGGCAGUUCUUUGGAGAUGUUGGAUUUGUCAGUCUGCGUUAUCGUGGCCAACAUCGUGAGCCCGUCGGCCACGUAGCAGCGCAGCACGGCGCGUGGGGUAUUUCUUCUUGCCUUCCGCUUCUCAUUCCUUCGGCAAUACCUAGUGAGUUGGAUAGAACAGCACGGACAAAAGUCGACGACAUAGACAAUAUCGACUUCCGGCUUCCACGGUAGCCCUCCUUCAACAAUUCUCUCGCAAUUGGUUAUCAACACUAGACAGAGCAGCCAUCUGCGCGACGUCAGCCGCAAGCCAAGGAAUACGUCAAGAAGAAGAAAGGGACUGGCCAUUAGUAAAUCACUUCCCAUUCCCAGGCCGACAUGCUGCUGUGCCGGCUCCGAUGUGUGCCGCUGUGGCUGAGCGCCUCAUGCAUCACUGCUCUCAACGCCAUGGUUUUUGGCCUCGACACGGGCACAAUCGGCCCCGUGACAACCAUGAGCUCCUUUGUUCAGACCUUUGGCCACUUCUCUGCGACCGUCCACGGUGUCGUCGUCUCGUCCAUCCUGAUCACCGGAGUUCUUGCGGCCCUGAUCGUCGGCAACCUCGCUGACCGGUACGGCCGCACGCGCAUCAUCGUGAUUGGGUCCGCGAUAUUCGGCCUGGGAUCUGCAAUUGAGACUUGCUCCUUCCACCUGCCCGUGUUCAUCGUGGGGAGGCUGAUCAAGGGCGCGGGCGAGGGGUGUUUCCUGAGCACCGUCUACGUGCUCACGGCCGAGCUGUCGCCCGCGAAACAGCGCGGCGCCGUCACGAACCUCGCCGGCGUGGCCAUCACGACGGGCAUCGUGCUUGGUUUCUUCAUGUGCUACGGCACCGCACGGCUGUACGCCGACGAAGACGACGACACCCUCAAGUCGCUGCAGUGGCGCCUCCCCAUCGCCGUGCAGUCCUGCAUCGCGCUCAGCAACGCCGCCCUCACGGGCCUGUUGGUGCCGCAGUCUCCGCGCUGGCUCCUGGCGACCGGCAAGGCCGAGCAGGCCAGGCAGCUCAUAGCGAAGCUGGGCCUCUCCGACGCCGAGGCCGCGGAGCUCCUCGAACCGUCCUCAUCUUCCUCAUCUUCAGCGGACGGCACUUCCUCCACUCUCGCCCACCCGCCCUCCUUGUCCCUCUGGCACUCGAUCCUCCAGACCCUGCUCGAGUUCCGCACCGCGCUGUCCCCGCCGGCCCGCAACCGCACGCUGUUUGGGUGCUUCAUCAUGGCGUGCCAGCAGUUCGCGGGCAUCGACGGCGUGCUGUACUACGCGCCGCUGCUGUUCGCCCAGGCAGGGAUGGACUCGGAGCAGGCGACCUUUCUCGCGUCCGGCGUGUCGGGCCUCGUCAUCCUCGCGGCGACCAUCCCCUCGACCAUCCUGUGCGACAUGUGGGGGCGCAAGACGGCCGCCAUCACCGGAGGGCUGGGCCUCGCCGGGACGAUGCUGCUCAUCGGCAGCCUGUACGCCGCGAAUGGCCGGGAGUCGGGGAAGGAGAUGCCGCAGGCCGCCAAGUGGACGGUCGUGGUCAUGAUUUAUCUCUACGCGGUGGUCUUCACGUCGACCUGGGCGCUCGUGUUCCGCAUGUACAUGAUUGAGAGCCUCCCGCGGGCGUCGCGGAGCAGUGGCUCUGCCCUGGCGCAGGCUUCAAACUGGCUCGCAAACUACAUGGUAGCCCUCACCACCCCGGUGUUCCUCGCCUCCUCGAGCUUCGGGGCGUACUACUUCUGGGGCUUCACGUCGCUGUUCUGCACGGGCGUGUGCUGCUUCGUGAUGCGCGAGACGCGGGGCCGGAGCCUCGAGGUCAUUGAGAAGGAGUACCUCGACGAGCACGAGCACCUCCGGGAGCAGCAGAAGAGGCGCAGGGACAAAAAGUCUGCGGAGAAACAACAAGGCGGGGCGCGAGAGGAGCAGCAGCAGGCUCAGCAGCAGGAGGACGGCGUCGUCGUUGUGACGGUGCGUGGUGUACCUGAGCGUGGAGAGUAAAUGGGCUGGGGGGAUCUUGGAUUUAUGUUUUGUCCUUAGGGCCGCAGAAGCGGGUGUUUGUGUUGCGCAGCAAGUUCGGCAUCUUGGGGUGUGGCGUUUGGUCUUUGGGUUUGUAUUGCGCUCUCUACAGCGACUAGCUACCUUUUAAUCCUUAAUAUUGUCAGCAUACCUGUCAGAGGAGAAGCAAUGUCACU